GGAGGAGGAAAUGCUACAGUUGGCUGGUUUGCUCCCAAGAAAACCGGCGACGAGCAUCCAUACCCGGCAGAGUGAUCAUCCACAUCCCUGCUUUCAAUUCAUCAUUACCUAAAACAGCAAACAAAAGCAAAAAUACACCGCCUUUCUUUAACAUACACGCGUCAGCUGAUCAUAAAACAAGCGACUCUUGUAUGCUGCAGUUUCUACCGGAGAGGAGACUAACGGUAAAGACAAACGGGAUGGAGACGCAGAUACAUGUGCCGGUGGGGUCGCCGUUUAUUCGUAAAAUCCCCAUUUUUGUGGACGAACACAACGUGACGGAAGGGGCGAUGAAGCUCAUUAAAGACCUGAGACCGGCGUGGGACGCGAACCGGGUCAAAACCAAGCUCUUCACGGAUGGAACCACCAACAAACUGGUGGGCUGCUACGUGGAGGACAGUCCCGAGGAUGUGGUCCUGGUCAGAGUUUACGGGAACAAGACGGAACUGUUUGUGGACAGGGACAAUGAGCUGAAUAGCUUCCAGGUGCUGCAUGCUAAUGGUUGCGCUCCUCGCCUCUACUGCUCAUUUCAAAAUGGCAUCUGCUACGAGUUCAUGCAGGGGGACGCUCUGGGGACGCAGGAUGUCAGGGAUCCUUCUUUGCGCAGAAUGAUCGCUGGGGAGAUGGCUCGUAUCCACGCCAUCCACGCACACAACGGCUGCAUCCCCAAACCCAACCUCUGGAUCAAGAUGAGGAAGUACUUCUCCCUCGUGGCCACCGAGUUCACCGACCAAGCGUCCAACAUCAGGAUCCAGCAGGAGGUUCCCAGUAAGGCGGUGCUGGAGCAGGAGAUGGUUUGGAUGAAGGAGCAUCUCUCCACUCUGGGUUCUCCGGUGGUUCUCUGCCACAACGACCUGCUCUGCAAGAACAUCAUCCACAACAGCAAAGAGGGUCAUGUUCGCUUCAUAGACUACGAAUACUCCAGCUACAACUACCAGGCCUUCGACAUCGGCAACCACUUCAAUGAGUUUGCAGGAAUGGCGGAGCCGGACUUCGGGCUGUAUCCGAGCCGGGAGAUGCAGAUGGACUGGCUGAGAGUUUACCUUAAGGCCUACAAACAAAAAGCGGAGGUCAGCGAGCGGGAGCUAGAGACACUCUACGUACAGGUCAACAAGUUUGCUCUGGCUUCUCACUUCUUCUGGGGCUUCUGGGCGCUCAUCCAGGCCAAAUACUCCACCAUCGACUUUGACUUCCUGGGGUACGCUGUGCUACGUUUCAACCAGUACUUUGAGACCAAACCUGCACUGAUGGCUCUGCAGAUCCCAGAAUGAGAGACGGGGGGAGAGAGAGAGAGGCAGACAGGAGGGUGAGACAGGUUUCCUGCUGCCACUUCCUGUGGGGCGGGAACUCUUCUGUGAGCCAGCUGUCGAUGCAGCGCUGCUCCGUCUACCCGGCUUCCUUUUUUUCCGCAACAAGCGCAAUUACUCUGCUCUGCGACUUACCUCUUGCUCGAGAACGAUAAAACUUCCAUUGGGUCCUGUGUGUAUGUGUGUGAGAGUACGCUUGUGUAUGUUUCUUAAUUUAUCAUGAUGAAGCCCUCUUCGAGAAGCUGAACAAGGCGCAGAAGAGUGACUUUAGGGUAGACACAACAGACUUGAGUUAUGUCUGUCUCUGGGGGAAAUGUUCCACAGCGCUGGUUAUGAAGGUCAGAAGAGGGACGAUUUGAUGCACAUAGUUUGUCCGUCUCUCUGUAUCCAUGGCAUUUCAUCUUGCACUCCUCCCAUUUUACAUAUGUGUGUGUGAUGAGACCAUUCCUCCUCCUGUCUGCAGACAUUUAAACUCCUAAUCCUUCCUCUUUUUACUCCAGCUUUGAUGCUAAGUAUUCCUCUACUGCAUCAAACACUGUCGUCAUUCCUCUGAUUUAUUUUCUUUGUGUUGUUGCAGUUUGAGCUCCCGUCAGUUCCUCUUGAUGUAGUCCAUGCAAACUGCUGCUGCUGCUGCUGCUGCUAAUAGAAAUAUAACAUUUCUGAUUGCUCGUGUGUGUCCCCCCCCCCCCCUUACCUGACACUGAAUGUGUGGAACAGCAAAUGGAAAAGCUUUUGGCGGCAGGUCACAUCACUAUUGUGUUCUAGCAAUGGGGGAUAGAGAGUAGCAAAAUGUGCAUUAUAUUUAUUUACGUGGACACCUUUUGGGUCAGUUAACAUCUCCGGUGCAACAGCUCUUCAGUUUUGGGUGGCUGUGGUUAGCUUCCUGUUGGAUUGGGGAGUGAUUUGAAGCCGGAGAGGAGAUGGAGACCUGUGUAAACCUGUGUGUGUGUUUCUGCCCUCAAACACUUUUCCACCUUUUUGACUUUUAUGGUUCCAGCGAAUCGCUCCGUUAAACUUUGCAUUUAAACGUUCCAGACCUGUUGGAAAAUCACAACCUUCCUCAGCCUCACUUUCAACUACCUCCUCCUCUGCUCCCUCAUGUUACUUAACCUAAAGCUGUUCAGAUUGAAGCAUCCUAACAUCAGAGGCAGCUCUCAGCUCAACUCAAAUCCAUUCUCAUCCCACACCUGGACAUAAUCAGACGUUGCGAAACUUAUAUCCGGGGUCAAAUCAAGUCUAGCUUACAAAAUGAGGCAUUAAUGAGUUAUCUAUCUGGGGUGGUGUUGCAGUUAUAAGAUCACUAUUAUUUCUUGGAUGGAAAAGCAUGUCAUGUGACACUCCUGUGAUAUAUAAUCAUUUAAGAAAAAGUAAAAAAAAACGACAACUUGGCUGAUUUUGCACUGCAGUUUGUAUAAAGCCUUAAGUGUCUGCUAAGGGAGCUCUGUUAAGGCAUUAGUGGAAAAUUAGGAACAUAGUGAUCUUACCUCUGCUCCAGGCUAAAUAACAUGCUACUAACCAUGGAUGUAUAAAGAGACGGGACCCCUUAUCUCUACUUUAGUGACUUGACAAGCUUCUUAAGAGCCACAGAGGACAUUUAACCUUUUUUACAAGCUAAUACACCAUACCUAGUAAACUGAUAUUUGUCUCAAAUCAGCAGUGGUCCUUCUAAUAAGCAUAGAGGGGGCCCUUACUCAUUCAUUUCUUGUCCUUUUUUCAUAUUCUGGCUCCUCAAAGUUUAAGAGUAUAGUACUACAUGGCAACAUAUUUCCUUGAAUUCAAUUGGCCUUGAAUUCAAAUCUUUAUAGGCUUAAAAAAAAGGUCCUAUAGUUCUAUAUGUGAGGUACCGUGACACUGAGUCAGUCUCUCAGUGAGUUUCACCACAAGCACUUUCUCAUAACGACCUUAAGCACAGGAUUGACCAAUGAAUGAAUCUGAGUUGAUUCAUGCUGGGCUCCAGAGAUGUUUCCUCUUUGAUCACCAGCUCCAGCAGGGGGAGACACUGAGAUCUGACCUUUGUCCUCCUCUGCAGCUCUCAUGUAACUGAUGGGCUUAAUAAUUUACAAGUGGAGCAGCAGCAGCAGAGACACUGACCGUUAACCUGAGAAAGGUCACAUUUAUGUUUCAAAUGAGACCGUGGUUCUCAUCCUUAGACGUGAAGAUCAGAUUAUCCAAAAUGUGAAUUAUAUAACUCAUAAAUGGGUUACUUAGCUUUCAUAUAUGAGAUAUAUAUGGAAGCUACCUGCUCAUUUUUUAUGAUAAUCAAGAGGCCCCUAUUUUAUGUCACUAAUAGCUUGUUUAAUAGAUUUGCCUAAAAAGGGCAAAUCAGUCAGCCGCUUGAACGCACACUCCUAAUAGUAGUAAUCCCGCCCUGAUAAUAAGUCCAUUUGCACUGAAUAAUUCACCAUUAACUUCACAGAGGUCCCUAAAGCCUAGUGGAAAUCAUAAGCCCUUAUUAUCAUUAAUAGUGAGAACAGCUUUAUUUAGGUUACUUGGGAAUUAAACCUAACAUGCUAGCAUACAGUAAUGUGAAGAGCUAAAACGCUUUCUGCUCAGAAUUGAGGUACACAUGAGUCAAUUAGAAACGUUACUCAUGUUGGCUCGAGGUUCUCCUUGAGAUAAAUACUUGCCGGCCGAAGCACAGAAAGUCCUAUGGGACAGGAUGAGGGUCACAUGUUGAUUCUUUUUAUUUUUUUCUGACCAAAAGUGAUUUUCUUUUACUUUUUUGUUCAGAAUUCCAACUUUUAUCUCAGAUUUCUGACUUUUGUCUGAGAACUAUUUCACAUGUGGCCCUAAUCCUCUUCUGUACAGUCUCCAUAACAGAUUCAGAAACAUUACUAACCUCUAUUGGGUUUAGAUUUUAAAAAUUAAGUUAAAACUGAAUUGGGUUACAGGAAAGCAAAUUAAAUCUACGUUGAGAGUAAAAACUAAAAGAGAGGUUUACAUUUUAGACUUUUUUUUAAUUCAAAGCUAACAUUUUAGUGCAAUGUGAUUUAAACCUCGUUUGGUUCAGGUUUAAAAAUUAUAAUUAUUGUUGGUACAACCCAGCCUAAAUCCUAAAUCCCAAAUGUGGAUAUAACAGACAUCUAUAGUUAAUUAUCCCUAGGCACUAAACUGAGGGAAAAGCGGAUCUCUCUUCUAAAUGUUCUUAGUUGUAAUUUAUUUUCUUAACCAAAAAAGUUAGUGUAAGGUUGUGCUCUACAGACCAUAUCAUUACAAUCAAAUCUGAAUAAUAAAUGCUUUAGGGAUCAUUGUCGUACUUUAAAACCUCUUAUUAACAAUUGAAAAUAAUCCAAACGGGAAGUUGGUGUGUGUUUAGACGUACUAAUAAUAAUCAUCCAUACAUUCGAUGCGUCUUUCUUAAUGUUAGGGCUUUAUAUGUUGUUUUAACAGGGUUUAUUUAUUGAGUGAAUCUAACAUUUCACACCGUGUUUUCUGUUUUUCUAAUCAUACCAACAUGGUUAGCUUCAGAGGGUUUGCAUUGCAGUUCACGUGAGAUUUUGUGUGUGAUUUGACUAAUCUUGAAGAAACACUGUACAGAUAACUGAUUAUUUUGUUCUCUUUGUACGCUGAUAUUUACUUUUUUGUAAAUGCUUUUGAAGCGCUGUGUGAAGGGAGCCGGCGUGUAGCUUGCAGAUGUGAAGUUGUAAAUGUGCUCAUCCACUGCUAACGGGGAGGGAGGAUGUAAAUACUGUAAGAAAUACUGUGAAAGCUUACUGUACAGUGAUCCUUCACACCUCUGUAGGAGUGGCAAGAUUAAAUAUUUAACAGUUGUCAGUAAAUAUUUCCAUUAAAAUGUAUAAAUAAUACAAACAA